AUGGAGCCCCCCCGGAUGAGAUCAAAGCCCGAGGCUGGGACGCCAGGGUGUGCCGGAGGAGGGGGCGAGGGCCAGCAGCGCCGCAGGAUGCUGGGGGGAGCCUUCCUCCCCUGCUGCCGCUGCCCUCCAUGUUUCCCGGUGUCGCUGCCGCCGCUGCCUGACCCAUCUUGCAAUGGAGACCAGGGACAGUGGCCAGAUCCCAACGGCUGGAACCGAGACGAGCAAACUCCGUUGGCUCACAGUUCGGCAACUCUCCCAAAAUUCAUGGUUAAUAAAGGAGCUUAUUCUGUCCGGGACCUCUCCAGACACCUCGAAUUGCAGAUGAGCGAGUGGCUUCCCCACCGCUGGAGCCCUCUCCUUGGGUCUCUUCUCUCCUCACACCGCGGCAUCGCCAGCCUGGUGAGCCACCAGCAGAAGGGCCGAGGACAAAGGCAGGAGGACAGAAGUUGUGCCACUUUCCCUUCCCGCCACCUCCCUUCAAACACGGGCUGCUUUCUUCUGCUCAGCGAUAAAUUUGGCUCCGGGCGGCGUUCCCACCACCGGCACCACCGGCAGCCGGGCGCCCCAUCAGCGGCACGGAGAGCAAACUCACAGAUGCGUCCCCCAUCACUGCAGCCUCAGAGCGGAGGCACCCUGCUCCCCACAACCAAACAUUCCCGAUUUGGGGACUCUCCACGUGCUGUGACCCAUUCCAGUCCAUGCAGUGCCACCUCUCGGACAGUCCCUGAUUUCUCCCCGCCGCGGUUGCUCAGAGAGGCAGAUGACACACUGCAGGUUCCAAACCAGCUCUGGUUGUUGGUGGAGGCUGGUGGACCGGUGCCCCCACAUCCCCAGGCCCAUGGUGCGUGGUCCAAACUGGACAAAACUCAGGUGUGUCAUGGUGUUCAACACGGACAGACACGCGGAGGCUGGUGGCGUUUGAGGGUUGAUGCCUUUCCUGGGCAGAGCCCUUCGGUGAGACCCUGGAGGUCUCUGAAGUUUCUCUAG